CAAAGGCCGCCCCGCCAAUGAUUUACUGCGUUCUCUCAGCACAUUUCACACUUCCUCAUAUACCUGCAUGCAUAUGCGCCUGGCUUUAUUUUGAACCGGCCGGAGUACUAAUGGUCAUAAAGGGCAGCGAGCAUCAACCGAGUGCUUCUCUCCUCUCAGUCGGUGUACAAUCGGAGUGGGGCGCGCUUGUGCCACCGAGGGUCUCCAGCAACAACAUGCCGAGCACCACCGAGGAGAUGCCGCAAGUCGACGGGGACAGGACGCACCCUGCCCCGAAGGCAGACGGCCGCACCAGCCGGUUCACUCCAGAGUUCGAAGGCGGUGAUAGACCGGCCUCCGGAGCGAGCCCGGCGCGGGACCCGUCAACCUCGGGCCUGCACCCCGACCUACCGCGAACACCCUCGCCCGUCAACGGCGACCUUCCCGGGAAGGAAGGCCUGGAAGAUAGAAUGGCUGACUCUAAAGACCUCCUGGGCGAUUCCUUGAGCGACAAGAACAGUCCCAAGAAACCUAGCUCCGAAAAUUCGGACGGAGACGCUGGAAAUGUGAGGCGGUACAGGACGGCUUUCACCCGGGAACAGCUCGCGCGGCUGGAGAAGGAGUUCUAUCGGGAAAACUACGUCUCCCGUCCGAGGAGAUGUGAGCUGGCCGCGCAGCUCAACCUACCGGAGACAACAAUCAAGGUGUGGUUCCAGAACCGACGGAUGAAAGACAAGCGGCAGCGAUUGGCUCUGACCUGGCCUCAUCCCGCAGAUCCCAACUUCUGCGCGUACAUGAUGGGGCACGCAGGCGCACUGGGAUACCCCUACCCCGGCACCAUGUUACCGCACUACUACCCCAACAUGUCGGCCUUCGCCCCUGGAGCGACCCCUUACCCCUCCCCCCUCAGAGCGCCCGACGCCUUCCGCUCCCUCACACAUCCGUACUUCAGGGUACCAAGCACCGCCCGGGACUUAUUGUACGGUACCCCACCGAGACCCCCCGCACUGUACGGAACCCCCUCCUCCUCUUGCAACUGCCAGUACGGAUGUUACGGCACGCAAUGCACGCCGGGAGCCGGGAGGACCCCGGAUUUUCUGACGCCGUGUCCCACAAGAGUCAGCACCAGCGAUUCGCCCAUCUUCUCACCAUUCUCACACUUCUCUAAACCCGAACCCGCCGCAGCCAGUACAGAAGUAGCCCCAACGCUCACCAGAUAACUUCGGCACUCACACAAACGGUAAUUUUCCCGCUUGGGGCAAACUUGUCAUUUCGAAUGUAAUUUUACCGACUUCAAAGAACGGGAAACAGUGCACAGAGACAACUACUUAAUGGUAAUAACUACCUGCCACACCACAUGAAAUUUGCGCUGUCACAAUUUCUGCAAAAUUACCGUUCACACACAAACGACUUUUUCUCUGUUACAGUCUUAUUAUUAGGUAUUUAUGGAUGUCAUAAGGAGAAAUAGAGUGGUCGGUAGUGGCUGUUAAACCGCACUUAGAGGUUGUCAUCUACAAUGCUGUCUAUUGUACAAUCACACUGUUAUAGCGCCAAGACUUUUCUACUUUACUUGGAACAAAAUUUAUUGAUCAGAGUUCUAUAUGUAUGGAGAGAAGGCAUGGAUCGUUCGUUGUAAUACAGACGUAUAAUGUGUAGUAUAUAUAUAUAUAAAUAUAUAGAUACGCAAGGAUAUUUGAAUAGACUUGUACAAAUUUGUAUACUCUUGCACCGGACGAAAAGAGAUGUUAAUUCUUCUUACGAAUACGAUGGUAUUUUCUUUUGCACGAGAUCUAAAAUGUAUUUUAGUAUCUUUUACGUUUUGUUAUAUAUAUUGUGUGUUUGGCCAUGUACAUGGUCAAAGAUAGUGUAUCAUUGUACCAGAAUUUAGCUGUGUAAAUGUAUAUAUUAGUACAGUUUCUGAGGCCCUAAUUCCGUCAAUUCAUUUAUGGCCAUUUUGUACACGCCAUUCGUCGCGUAAUUGUAUGACACUGGUGACUACACCCGCCAAAACUGCGGAAACUGGAACAUGUCAUUGUAUCAUCACAACUUAUCGUGUUUGAAAAGUGGAAAAAUCUACGCCCAAGGCACCGUCUGUUCUUCUCUACACCGUUUUGUUACAACCCGUAUCCAUAUCGCUGCGCAGUCAGAAACAACCACUAACGUUUGCACCUGAACAUGAAACCUUUACUCAAAUUCCACACAAUUUCUUUCACAAUCGUCGGCGGCCUUGUUGUUUUUCCACCACAAUGAUACGAUUGGUGGAAUGAUUGUACCACUUAUGUAGAUAAACCAAUAAAAAGUUAACUAGGGGAGCUACCAGUAGCUAGUUAAGUUUCUUUGUAAGCGUCUACAGCGUUCUAUUCCGCAACGGUUGUCUAUUUAUUUAUUUAUCCUAAGUAAAUAGUCGUUACAUGUUUUCCGCUUGGAUUCCGCAUCUUGAUAUAAAUAUUUGUGAAGGAUGAG